AUGUCCUCAUUCCGGAGUAUCAGCAAGAAACUCGGUGUGGUGGAACUCGACGCUCUUCCUCCUCCGGUUUUACAAAAAGUGCCAAGCGGCACCACCGGCAGUGGUCGUCGUCGGCCCAAAAAGAAAGCAAGAUUUGGAUUGAGCGCCGCCUGGUCAACUAUUGCCUCUCGUUUUGGCACGGUCUCGACGCCCUCUUUAUCCUCAAGCGAGAUUCGCGCUAGUCUUGUUGAACAAUCGAGUGUUGGAACCAGAGCUGUCGAUGCAACCAGCGAUCCUGACCGAGUUGACCGCAUUGUUGUUGACCGUUCAUGGGCAACGGAGUCGAGGAGUCGGGGGUCUCACGACGAGGAACGUAGUCCGGAAACAAAAUCGAAAUCCAGCUAUGGCGCCGCGCCGCUGACACCUUUUCAAGAGGGUUGGCAUCCGUCUGGUCCUCUCCAGAAACAUACCCCGACUAUUCUUUGGAGCGUCUGGGCGAUGCUCCUUCAUUUUUUCCAUCCCACCUUCCCAGACGAACGGACAGAGCGACAUUACAAGAACGAGGAUUGGGGCCUUUCCAAAGGCCUUGCACGGUGGGCGGCUGUCUGGCUUAUCAUAAACUGGGCUCUUGGAGCUGCUUUCAGUGCCAGACCACGCAAUGCCAUGGACAAUGUGUUUCUCUAUGGAAUUGGGACUGUCUUGAGUGUGCCCAUUGUUCUUAUUGUCGCGUUCGACUGGCCGCGCACACAUUCACUGAUCUACCAAAUCAUUGUUGGUUUCUCCAUCUUCAUGUGGGGCUUUUACUACCUCCUCCUCAUGGAAUUCUGCGGCUUUUAUCCCAAUCCCCACAAAGUCUUCGAUUGCCCAGGAAGAGAUUUCAUUGGGCUAUUCUACUACACAACUGCCCUUCCUGUUAUCGGACUAUUUGGAUUGAAGAUGCAAAGAAUAACUGCUGUCCUGGGUGGUUUGAUCAUCUUUCUGAUUGGUUGUAUUGCCAUCGUGCCGCUCCAUCCAACGCUAGCAAGGACUAUGGUCAACUACUUCCUCUUCUUAGCAUUCAUCAUCUAUUCUCACUACAAGCGUGAAAUGGCCGAGAGACGCCUUUACUCAUUGAGAAGCCAGCUAAAAAUACAGUUUAAGGAAACGCAACGAGCUCAAAUUAAUGAACGAAAAGCUUCUGAUUCUAAACGGCGCUUGACAUCAUAUGUUUUCCAUGAUAAGUCCGAGUACCCCUCAACUCUGCCCGUAAUAUUGAUCCCACCUCUUUCCGUCGCUCGUCUGAUUCUUGUUCCAGUUCUCGCCGUCCAAAAUAUCAAUUCCUCGGGUAUCAUCAGUAAAGACCACGACAUCGAGUUCAAUGCACUCAGCGGCAGUCUGAACAUGAUGCGGAAUGUGCUCAACGAUGUUUUGGAUUUUAAUCGUAUGGACAGCGGGACGUUUGAAGUUUCCUCCAGGCCGUUUGCCUUUCAUACUACUAUGCGGUCUUUGUUCGUGCCUCUGGUGAUUGGUCUUUUCGAUUAUCAAAGUCAUCACAACUCAUUCCGUCAGCAACUCGCUACCGAUGCUCGUGGCCAGGAUUUUGUUGCCGAGUUGGACCCCAAUAUCGAUAAGGUGGCAAGGUGGGCGGCAUACCAGGCAAUGGGAGAGACAGCAGAUGUGAUUACGCGACACAUGAAGGAACAUCCCGAAGUUGCAGGUGUCGUCAUUGGUGAUCACGUGCGGUUACGACAAAUUGUGAACAACCUUGCAUCCAAUGCUACCAAAUUUACACCAGCCGGCGGGCGAAUUGCCAUCACAACUAAACUCUUGCACCCAACGCCUGAGCAAGUCAUGGCUCUCGAGGAUUCGGACUCACUCUUGAGGUUCCCAGUCGACCAGUCAAAGUCGAACGGAUCCUCUUCCCCCAACAAAGAGGGAAACGGACAUCCACUUUCGAGAUCUCAUUUAGACCAACAUAAUUUGGCCAACGGCGUUGCUCUAACUGAGGAACUCAACAAGAUUGUUGUCAGGAUCGAGGUCAUCGACACUGGCUAUGGCAUUACCCGCAGGGACAUGGACGAAUGUAACCUCUUUUCUGCGUUCAAUCAAACAGAACAGGGGAAACAACAAGGUGGGAAGGGAACCGGCCUCGGACUAGCUCUCGUUCGACAAAUCGUCAAACUCAGCGGUGGUCGACUUGGUGUGCGCUCUAAAGCUGGAGAAGGCAGUUGUUUUUGGAUUGAACUUCCUCUUGGCGUGGGCCGUGAAGCACUGGUUCCUCCUGACAUGGAGUCGGAGCAUUCUUCGACUGACCCAGACAUCACUAAAGUUCGCAGGGCAGCGAGGUCAAGCACCGAUAUUCCUGUGUCGACAAACAGUCUCACCAUGGCUGUUGACGCUGUUGCAUUGAAAAACUCGGUCAUCAAACCGCCCUUGGAUCGGUCUAGCUCUGCUAUCCACAACAUCAUGGAACAAGGUGGACGAGUUGAACUAGGUUUGGCCAAGCCAUCCGAUGCGUUGAGUGGUCCUACUCCCACAUAUACCCCAAGUCCAUUGGCUUCUCCCGGAAGGUCUUCUUUGGAUGUUGCGGGAGAGGCCUCUUCGACACAUGUCCCAAACACCCCUGCUGCAUCUCCUUCCUCAUCGCGACCGACAUAUCUCCCCAUGCCCAGUCCAAAACGCUUCAUGAAAGAUGCGUAUCCUACUGCGUCGACCAAUUCCGGCAUCAGCUCUUCAUCAGCGUCUUCACCAAUGUUGACAUUCGACUCCAACUUUCAAGGUAUUCCUACAAGCAACUCAGACACUUCGUUGCUGUUCGACCCUGGCAUGUCGGUCCUCGUCGUAGACGAUGAUUUGAUAACGCGCAAGUUGAUGCAAAGGAUGAUGACGAAAUGGGGCUGUAUCGUAGAGACAGCAGAGAACGGGCAAGCGGCUUUGUUUGCGCUUGGUGCCGUUGCGACCCCGGCAAGCGAACAGACCUCAGGAAGUCACUCAAGGGGACCAAUAUUAGAACGACCGGCGAACGGCGGGGACGAGGAGAGGUUUGAUAUAAUAUUUUUAGAUAACCAGAUGCCAAUACUAAGCGGACUCAACGCUGCGGCCAAACUACGAGAGUGGGGAAGGACAGAUUUCAUUGUCGGCGUUACGGGGAAUGCUCUCUUGGAAGACCAGGAGGAGUAUAUUGCGGCUGGUGCAGACCAUGUGUUGACCAAGCCCGUCAACGAACAAGCAUUGCGUCGCAUGCUCGUUCUCGCAGAUUCUCGGCGAAAGAAUCGGACAAUUUUGCCGGGUCCUCCUACGCCCCCAUCUUCAUAA